AUGGAUGAGAGCGAGCUUCAGGAGGCUGAGUUUCGAGCGUUGUUUCCUGUUUUCGAUGAUGUCUUUGAGCCUGGCUCUCUAUCUGAGCAAACGAGUCGAGCGCCUGUGCUUGUGGAAUCAGCGCGCAUUCAGAUCCUUUUGGAUGCGCACGCUCGGUUAUUUGCUUCAUCGUCAAAUAUCAAGGAAGGGACAGGACGUUUCUUCCUGGAUAUACGGAGGAGUACGCUUUCGGUCUUAACCCCAGACAAGUGGGAUAGCCUGCCUGAAACUUUGGAUGAAGAAGCUUUGCAAUAUCAGUUAUCCCUCGUCCAGGAACGAAUACUCGGCUUCUCGCAGGCUACUGUGCGGGAUAGAGUCUCGGAUUUCUACAAGGAUUCCAACUUUCCCCAAGUGAAGAAGGCCUUUGAAGUUCUGUGUUCUCUCAGAGACAGGUUAAACCUGUUGGUGGAAGAGUGGCCUGAUCAAAUGGUACUGCAACACCUGAAGGCCAGGUGCGAUUUUAUCCUCAAUCUGGAGCUCAGUAGCCCGGUAGCCAAGUUCUUGACGGCCCUGGAGCAGCUGCUCCUGCAGAGUGACGACUGGGAGAUGUAUGCUAACCGCGAGAACACGCUGCAUGCUCACCGACAAGCACUGACUGCUCUGAUCGUUGAAUGGAGACGCCUUGAGCUCUCGAGCUGGCAGAAGUUGUUGGAGUCUCAGGCUAGCGCAUUCGAGCAGGAGGCCUACCAGUGGUGGUUCCGCCUGUACGAGGCGGCGGUCCGGGGAGUCCUGUCGCUCUUGGACGAACCAGAACAGCUAGACACCUACCUGGGGUCACUUGUGCCCCUGUUUGAUGAAUUCAUUAGCUCCAGUCCACUCGGUCAAUACGAAAGACGCAUGGAACUACUUCGGUCCUUCGCCUCGUACGCUGACCUUCUGACCUCUCACUACGAAGGUCCAGCGAAGCUCGUUUUCGCUCGGUUGCAUGCCAUCCUCUUGAACACCUGGAGAUAUUUCAAGCAAUUCGCAGAUCGAAUCCGCACCUCCUUGAUGCAGCAAAGAAGCGCUCUAGAGAAGGAUAUCAAUGAGUACAUCAAGCUCGCUAGCUGGAAGGAUGUUAAUGUGCAUGCCUUACAGCAGAGCGCUCGCAGGACGCACCAUCACUUGUACAAGACGAUACGUAAGUUCAGGGAUAUCUUGCGCCAACCUAUCGUCCCGCUUUUGCAAUCUGCUCGCGUAGCCAAGGACGACUCCUCGGAGCAGGGGCAUGCACAGUUCCUGGAAUCCUCGCCUACGGUUCAAUACUCUUUCGAACGCAGGCCCACUUCGGAUGGCCCAGAACAUCUGGCGAAUUUAGGUCGGACAUACCAGAGAUUUGCUGAUAUGCUCAACAAUCGGGUCGGCGGCUUCUUGAGAUCUCGGGACCCUCACGCGGUGAACGACUUGACGAUAGAUGUUAUAGUCACUUCGCAUAACCUAGCCGCUACACCCGUCCCUACGAAUAUACCGGCAGCGAAGCGGGCCAAAAAACUAAAGGCUCUGCUCGUUCGAAAGCGGAAGGCAUGGAGUGAUCUCCUCAAAGAGUUGAAGAAGAUGGGUUUCAGUGCAAACAUCAAGCCGGAAGUGGUGGGCCGCCUACGAGACCCUCGCUGGAUGAGAGAGCAAGCCGUCAUGCCCACAGCUCCUGAAUACAUCCCGACUGAGAAGAUCGACGACUAUCUCGAUCGCUUGAAUACAUUGCUCCCACAACUCAGAGGGAGCCUAUCCAGUCACCACACUGAUCUAACUACCCGCGACUUGCAAAGGGGAAUUGGCGCUCAAGAGCUAAGGGAUGCAUCCCACUUGAAAUCGGUCUGCUCAAAGCUCCGGUGGACGCUUGACGAGCUGCUGCAAGAAGUGCAAGAGUUCCAGAGUAUGGAUGGCGUGACAGAGGCCGUUUCCUCCGUAAUCUCCCAGAUCCAGACUGUAGUCCGAUCUACCGAAACUACAGAAGGGAGUCUUAGGUUGGUGGUUGACAAAAUGCGACUGACAAGCCCCGCAUUAUUGCUGGAUGAGGAGCGCAUAUAUAUCGCAACAGGCAUAGCACACCUGCAACAAAUAGAGGCAUCGCUAGAACGGUGGGCCAAAGACGCGCCUGAUCUGCGAUAUCUGUUCGCUGGUGUCAUAGAUUGGCUCAGGUCGCAACACUUGCCAUCGACCCUAACAUCAAGUCGAGAAACAAUCACUGCAGGAGGGUACACUGUUGACAGCGUGAUCGAGACUCUACUUCUCCGUGCCCAGGGUCUUAUGGCGCUUUGUCCUGAGGUCAAUCUCGAUGGGCGGGAAGUAGAGGAGGACGAGGAUGCCUACAACAUGUGCCGCCUGUACAUGGACCGGGCGUCAGAGGAAGAGACACACCUAGAGCUCUCCCGCCUCCUGCCCUUCCUAGGCCGAUAUAUGGUUCUGGUUAGGAAUCAGCUUACCAACCACGGUCAUUGGGCUAAGACCCUCCUCAAGCUGGCGUUCGUCUUGUGCAAUACCAUGUACACGGUAGCUACCCAGGGCUUCUGCCAGCCUCCCGAGUCAGAGGAAGACGCACAGGGUGAAGGUGCAGAGGUGGACGAGUCUGGGGUUGGAAUGGGCCAGGGAAGUGGUGCAAAGGAUGUAAGUGAUCAGAUAGAAGACGAGAGCCAAGUAGAGGGAUUGCGCGGCGAGGAACAGCAAGACGAGGAGAAGCAGGAGAGCGAUGAGAAGGAAGGCGGGUUGGAAAUGAAUGAAGAUUUCGAGGGAGAACUAGAGGAUGUUCCCGACCGCGGAGAGGAGGGUGAUGAUGCGGAGGAUGAAGAACAGGAGGAUCUGGAGGAACAAACAGGCAAAUUGGAUGCCUCCGAUCCAUCUGCCCCAGAUGCACCGGACGAGCAAAUUCCGCGAGAAGAUGAAGAAGAGUUACCCGACGAGAGCCAUCCUGAUGCCAGUGGUGCUCCAAUGGAGAAUGUACCCGAAGGCGAUGCGCUGGAACUGCCCGAUGAUAUCAACUUAGGCCCUGAGGAGACGCCAGAUCUAAUGGGCGAUCAAGACGAUGAUAUGCUCUCAGACGAAGGCGAAGAGCCCAGCCCCGAUCAGAUGGACACCAUGGAUGAUAAACCAGGGACCCCUGAAGUCGACGAGACUGAUCGUGCCAAAUCCCCGCCAGUGGAAACAAAUGAGCCUGAGCACGACGUCAAACCCAGCGGUGAACAGCAGGAUGAUGCUGUGGCCCAGCCAGACCUCCACGCAGGGGAAGGUCAGGCCGAAGGCGAGACCACUGGCCCUCAAGAAGGUGAGGCGCCGGCAGACGGGUCUGAGGAACAGAGCGGUGGCGCUGGCGCUCAAGGAUCGGCUGCUAACCAAGCAGGUGCAGAAAACAUGCCACCCUCUACAGCUGCUGACACAAUCGACCAAGCUAUGGCGCAGGAUCCCGCGUCGGAGGAAGCUGACGACUUGAGUGGAAGCCCACAAAAAGCAACCUCGUCGUCUGGUGUCCAAAGGCAGGGCGCAGCUCCUUCAGAACCCUCUGCGACACUCGCAUCUAAUCCUCUACGCAACCUGGGAGAAGCCCUCAAAGAAAUCCGCCGGCGUUUUGAAGAUAUCCAAGAUAGCAGCAACGGCCCUGACGCUCCCGUCGAAAAGUCUGGCGAGACAGGUCAAACUUCGCAAGUAGAGUACUUGCGGCCGGACGAUGAAGACCAGGACAUGGAAGCUCUGGGCCCUGCUGCAGGUGUCGAUGCGGCUAAGUUGAGUCAGCUGAACAUCGUAGACGAGGAGCAGAAGAGGGAGGGCGCGGAGGUCCCCAUGGAUAUUGAUGAGUCUGUUCAAGAGGGGCCAUCGAAACCUGCUAUGGAUAGACUGGAACUGCACGCUGACUCGACGGGGGAGGCGAUUCAAGAGGAUAUCGACAGCGCGCUUACGAGCAAUCAGAUUCAAGCUAGG